GGAGGGGAGAGGGUUGUGAGGGAGGGGGCAGGCAGGGGAGACAGGACGGGGCAAGGACAAGCCAGUGGAAAUUCCCAGCUCACAGGGGAAAUUCUCCACUGCCGUGUGUGUCAUCUGAUCAGCUGUGGAAUAAGCCCCUCCUCCCUCUGUCCCCCCUGCACCCACACAGACCCAGGUCCUUAGAAAAUUUGACUCUGUUCACAUCUGCUUUCUGUGAAUAGGGAUUUAGGUGGGAAUGGAGGAAAGAGCUUCAUUUCACAUCUGGGUUUAUGGGGCAUCGAAUAGCGUGAGCCCAUUUGGAGGCAGAGCCUGCAGGCAGAGGGGGCCAGGGGAAUAGGAGCCUCUGGGAAUGCAUGGGACCCUUGGAAGCAGGCCUUGGACUUGGGGAUCUGAGGAGCUCACUGCAUCUAAGCUGGAAGCCCACGCCCACCACUACGCCUGCACCUGCUACGCUCAGGCUGGGCCUCUGCCCGCAGCAACGUUAGGGCUGUCGGGCUUGGGAACCAGCUUGGGUUCCAGCUCAGCGCCCAGGGGCUGCCCCCUGUCCCAGCUGUGCUCCGGGCGGAGCAAGCAGGGGAGCACCAGCCCUCAUACAGGCCUCACGCCUCCCACCCCCCCAGACGCACACAAGCCUGUCAGCCUGCUCCUGCCAGUCUGACCAGCAGGCCCCUGGGUCAGCAGCGAAGGAGAGGAGCAGGCCAGAGACAAGAGACCCCCGGAGACAGCCGAGAUCAGAGGUCCCAGGAGAAGUAAAGGCAGCUGCCAAGGCAGCCAGGCCCGGACCCAGGGUAGCCCGGUGGGUGACGCUGGGCCAGGAUGCUGUGGAGAGCUGCCAGCAGGGCGCUGUUUGCCGAGGUCCUGGCCACAGGGCUGUACGUGUUCUUCGGCGUGGGCUCAGCCCUGCCCUGGCCCUCGGCGCUUCCCACCGUGCUGCAGAUCGCCAUCAGCUUCAACCUGGCCACGGCGGUCGCUGUGCAGAUCACCUGGAAGACCAGCAGGGGCCACAUCAACCCCGCCGUGACUCUGGCCUUCCUAGUGGGCUCCCAAAUCUCCCUGCCCCCUGCCGUGGCCUAUGUGGCUGCCCAGCUGGCCAGGGCCACUGUGGCGGCUGCUCUGCUUUAUGGGGUCGUCCCAGGAGACAUCCGAGAGACCCUCGGGGUUAACAUGGUCCGGAGCAGCGUCUCGACGGGCCAGGCUGUGGCAGUGGAGUUGGUUCUGACCCUGCGGCUGGUACUCUGUUUCGUUUCCACUGACAGCCGCCAGGCAUCGGGCUCCCCAGCCACCAUGAUGGGGAUCUCUCUGGCACUGGGCCACCUCAUUGGGGUAAGAGGCCAAGGGGACACCGUGUCUACUUUCACCGGCUGCUCCAUGAACCCGGCCCGCUCCUUCGGCCCUGCCAUCGUCGUUGGGAAGUUCGAGGUCCACUGGAUCUUCUGGGUAGGACCCCUGACAGGAGCUGUCCUGGCUUCGCUCAUCUACAACUUUAUCCUGUUCCCUGACACCAAGACCAUGGCCCAGCGACUGGCCAUCCUCAUGGGUACAGAAGAAAUGGAGAAAGUGGCAGAAAAGGAGCCCAAGAAGAGAGAAUCCCGGUCCAGUUCAGGGGAUACUGAAACAGGGAACGCGUGUCAGAUGGUGUAGAACUUGGCCCUCACCUUUGGGCUUCUGAGAGGAGCCCUCUAGGUGGGUAGCUGGCCUUGAACAACCAGA